AUGGGAAGUAGCAAUUGGAGAAAUCGUAAAGCAAGAAGACAAAUUAGAGAGUCGGAUUUACCAUCAGGUGUCCCACCACAAACUGGUACAACAUUUAAUAUCUGGUACAAUAAAUGGUCCCAUGGGACUGGUCCUGGCAAUGGUGUCAACAAUUCGCAUAGAUAUGUUUCACCUUUCAGGUUGGAUCCCGCUAGGGACUCCGGUGUGACGGAUUCAGAUCCUGACUGUAACACUUAUUGUCUAUAUUUUGCAAGAGGUUGCUGUGUAAUUGGAUCUAAAUGUAAAUAUUUACACCAUAUACCAGAGAUAAAUAGUGAUGAUAGGAUCGGACGGUCCAGAGUCAAAGACUGUUUUGGUAGAUUGAAAUAUUCACAUUAUAGAGACGACAUGAGUGGUGUAGGGUCCUUUCGAAAUGAUAAUUCGACUUUGUACAUCGGCGGUAUAUCAAAUGCCUUAAAUGAUAUGAGCUUAAAACCCAUACAGAUCGAAAAUAGACUGAAGUAUUUGUUCGAGCCCUUGGGAGCAAUCAACAAGAUACGAUACUUGGAAGAUAAAAAUUGUGCAUUUGUUGAAUACAAGUGGUCUAUCAAUGCCGAGUUUGCUAAAGAAGCAAUGUCUAAUCAAACUCUUUUGAUACCCAACGAUAAAGAAUGGAAUAGACGCAUGGAUGGAACUGGAUUACUUGUUAAAUGGGCACAUGAAGACCCUGAUCCAAUUGCCAAAAGACAGAGAACAUUACAGAGACAAGAAGAAUCAAUAAACCUAAUGAAAUCUAUACUAAAAGAAUAUAAUCCCCAAAACAGUAAUAUAAGUACAACCAAGGGUAAGGAAGAGAUAGAAGACAAUAGUAACAGUGGUACACACAGUAUUCAAUUAACGAAAAAAAGAAAGUUAUCCAAAGAAAACACACAUGAUGGGAAUGAAAAUGAUGCUAGCAAUAACAACGGCACUACCGCAUCACCAUUACCGUUAAUAUCUGGCUACAGUUCGUCAUCGUCGUCAUCAUCUAAUGAUGAUGAGUAA